UUCUUUUUUCCCUUUUCUCUUUAUCCUUAUGCAUAUCUCUUUAAUAGCUGGACCUAUAUCGCCCAAUAAACUCAAGAACAUACUUAGUAUACCCAUUCUUGCUCUCUUUUUUAUUGGGCUCUUUUUUAUAUCUACUUUAAAAUUUAGAAUUAUAUAUACAGCACCAUCUGUGAGUGCAUGUGAAAACUGUAGUAAAAGCUCUAUUUUAGAACAAGAAUUAAAGCCACCCAGCCCAAAAUAUGUUACACAACCUAUUCAUCCUAAGCCCACUCAAUACCCUUUCACGAUUGUCACAGCUUCUAGUGCAAAUCAUUUGUGUUCCCUUGAAAAUUUUCUUUAUUCACUUUAUCAAUUACGAGAAGAAGUAGACAUUAGUGAAUUUCCACGUAUUAUUGUUUAUAAUAUUGGCAUGAAUCGUACUCAAUUACCGAUUCUCGAUCAAUUUGUACAGACAGGAUUAGUCGACGAGUUAGUUACCUUUGAUUAUUUUAAAUAUCCUCGAUUUUGGGAUGUCGCGAUAAAUGCCGGUGAAUAUGCAUGGAAGACAGGUAUUGUACAUGAGGUGGCAACAAAUAAAACCAUCAUGGAUCAAUCAAAUGGUUUAUUAGUAUGGUUAGAUGCAGGCAAUGUAGUGACAGCUGAAUUUAUACGCUCUAUCCCUACUCUUCUACGAGACCCAAAUCAACAGUCCACAGGAUUUUGGUCACCCAGAUCCUCCAAGACGAUGGCUCAAUGGACUCACCCUGGGCUCUAUAAGUAUUUUGAUGCGAAUCCUUUACAAUAUGCUCAUAAUCCAAAUUGUAAUGGUGCUGCCUUAGGAUUUGAUGUUUGGAAUGAAUCUGUAAUGCAAGGUUUAGUGGAACCUUGGUUUCAUUGCGGUUUAGAUAAAAACUGUAUAGCUCCGCCUGGUUCCUCAAGAGCCAAUCAUCGACAAGACCAGGCAGCACUUACAUUUUUAGCCUAUCGUAUGGGUUUACAGUGUAGAAUGUCUCCACAAUACUAUAACAUACAAAUUCAUAGAGAUAAAGCAUGUCGUACUGAAUUAAUGGCAUUAGAAGUUCAAGAAAAAUUAAAUCAUCCCAGUUCAAUAGAUUUGCCAAAAUGGUAUGCUAGUAAUACUUUACAGUUAUAUUAUCACCCAGAAUGGAGAUACCCCGAAAAUCAAAUUCCAGAACAUCUAGCUAAAUUAUUAAAUCCUCCAUUAUUUAGUUAAUAUUUGCAUGUAUAUAUAUAUAUUUAUAUGAAUAUAUUUAUUUAUUAUUUAAUUUAUUCUAUAAUAAUAAUAAUAAAAAGGAAAGGGAAAAUUCAAACAUACAGGAAAAUAUAUAUAUGUAUAUUAUAUAGAAGAAACAUCUA